AUGUCUGGACGUGGAAAGAAGCCAACAAAGCCUAUAAUUGCUUCCCGGAAAACCACGUCGGCCAGAGCUCAACUGCAAUUCCCAGUAGGCCGCAUCCGGAGGUUUCUGAGACAAGGUCUGUAUGCUGAAAGAAUAGCCAUUGGAGCUGCUGUGUUCCUGUCAGCUGUGUUGGAGUAUCUGACUGCUGAGGUGCUGGAGCUUUCAGGAAAUGCUGCUUUUGAAAACAAGAAACAGCGAAUUGGGCCAAGACAUAUCCUGCUGGCUGUGAGGAACGAUGAUGAACUUAGCAACUUGUUUGCACAUGUGACCAUUGCUGAGGGAGGUGUUUUGCCCAACAUUCUUCCCCAGCUUGUCCCUAAGAAAACUGCAACCUCCACCGCUCUUCCAAGUGGAUCUGACCCAUGA